UUGAGACUAAUUUACUAAUUUAGAAAAUCACUUUCUUAAAUUAAAAACUUAACCGAGAUAGAAUACGUAAGGUAACAGAUCCACCUGCAAAAAAAAGAUUGACAAGCGUUCUCCUCCACUGACUCCUCCCAAAUCCCAACUAAAGAACUUGACACUGCUGAUCACCACCACCACAUCGACUCAAUAAUGAGAUGCAUCUUUGCAUAGUAAUUUAAAGCUGGGCAGAUAUGGCAAAUCCAAUUUCUUAGCUUGUCCAAUGAGCCGGAACGUACCAAGUUCCCUCAAAGAUUUCUAUAAAAGUAGGAUUUUGAUCACUUUCAUUGCAUACUCUGCGUCUCAUCUUCUUCACCGUCGCCCGUGCAACAAAGCUUGUGUAAAAUAAAAUGACAGAGCGGAGGCGAAUGUCGGAUUCGGCUUAUCUUUUUAGCUUCGCCGCUGUGAUAAGUGUGGUUUCAUUGUACACAAAUGUGCCCCAAGUUCAAGCCAUUGAUCCCACCGGAGUGCCACCACGACCCGCUUUGGUCAUCGUUUCUAGUCCUCCUCCUACGCAGAGAAUGGGAGCCGACGCGUCUUCUGGGGGCAGACGGGUUCCUAAGCAAGUUGGGACUGUUGGAGGUGCGCUUUUGAACAAUGGAAAAGACCAACAAGGAGCGGCCGGACAUCAUCACGACCAUCAUCAUGGUUUUGGUGGUGGAGGGGGUGGAGGUGGGGGAGGGGGGAUGGGAAUGGGCAUGGGGAUGGGGCAUGGACAUGGAGACUCCAAAUAUUUUCAAUAUGCGCAUAAUCCGCACUACGGCGAGUAUGAGUUUGGCUAUCGGAGAGGAAAUGACUACCAUACUCAAGAAAGAUAUGAAAAGUACGGUCCAGGGUGGACAUUUAAGAUCAAAGUGAAAUAUCACGACAAGCAUGGCCACGCUUAUGGAGAGCAUUACUGGGAUUAUAACCACGCGGAUCACAGUCAUGGCGAUUAUGGUCAUGGUGGGGGUGGUGGUGGUGGUGGAGGAGGAGGAGGCGAUGGUGGAGAUGGUGGGGGAUCCUCAAGUGACACGGUCCCAAAUUACCAAAGUUUAUCCCACGACAAUAAGAAAUCAUCAAUGCUAUCCAAACGAGAAAACCAACAUAACGGAGAAUCAAAACGUGUCGGUAAAAAGGACAAAAUGCUGAACAAAGUCCAAAACGACAGCCAAACAUCCCCAUCAACUUAUAGACGAAGCUAUUACGACGAAAGUCAGUCUCAAAUUCCCAGACCUACUUCGUCAUCUUUGCUCCUAGACCCACAAAGUGGUCAAGUAAUUGAUCAAGUUACUGGAAAAGCUUACUGGUUGCAGCCUAAAAAGUAGUAACAUAGCCUAAAAAUGAUGCUGCUUGGACGGACACAAAUUCCAUUUUAAGAAAAAAAUUUGAGCCAUUACCUGCACUUUCUUGAGACACGAGUUUUUUCACAAGAUUAGUAAGUCUUUCUUGCACUCAGGACGGAAGUACUGCUUACCUCAUUACCUAAUUAAUGGAAUAAUUGGGAGACUUUACAAAAAUAUUAUUGAUGUUGUAUGCACACUGAAUUUCUUGGUGUUGGACUAUUUACGAACUUAAUCUUAAUAAUCUCACAUUUUUUAAUGGCUCUCAACCAUAAAUUGUUGUUGAUAGAUGUGUAUUGUACUUAAUUAUAUUAUGAUCAUUUAAGAAAUUUCUGCACUUGUGCACUUUUCUGGUCUAUUGUGCUAUGCCGACUGUGACGCUAUAUUUUCUUAAUUAUGAUGUUCACUUUUAUGUAUGACGAAACAAUGCAAUUUUUCCAUUUGUGAGUUAUAUAAAAAACGAAUCUUUUAUUUGUACAAGCGUUUCGUUACCUUAAAUUUAAAACAAUUUUGUGAAAACUUUUUCAAUUUGUUACUAAUUAGUCAAAAUUCGAAAUUUUAACAACUGUGUCUUUAACAAUUUUGUUGUUUAAUAUCUGAUAUUUUAAACAA